AUGGACACCGGCGGGCGGCCCUCGGCGGCCCAGCUCAUCUUGCUGGGCGCCAGCUCGGCCGUGGCCGCCGCCCUGUACUCUGUGUACCGGCACAAGGUCCAGGCAGCCCGCGAGCUCAAGGGAGCCAAAAAAAUUCACUUGGGUGAAGAUUUGAAGAGUAUUCUUAGUGACGCUCCUGGGAAGUGUGUGCCUUACGCUGUCAUUGAGGGAGCUGUGCGUUCUGUUAAGGAAACCCUUAACAGCCAGUUUGUGGAAAACUGCAAAGGAGUGAUUCAGAGACUGACCCUCCAGGAGCACAAGAUGGUGUGGAAUCGAACAACCCACCUCUGGAAUGACUGUGAAAAAAUCAUCCACCAGAGAACAAAUACAGUGCCCUUUGACCUGGUGCCCCAUGCCGAUGGCACAGGUGUGGCGGUCCGAGUUCUGAAGCCCCUGGACGCAGCUGACCUCGGCUUAGAAACGGUGUAUGAGAAGUUCCAUCCUACAAUCCAGUCCUUUACUGAUGUGAUUGGUCACUACAUCAGUGGGGAGCGGCCCAAAGGCAUCCAGGAGACAGAGGAGAUGCUCAAGGUGGGGGCCACCAUCACGGGUGUGGGGGAGCUGGUUCUAGACAACAAUUCCAUCCGUCUGCAGCCCCCCAAACAGGGCCUACAGUACUACCUGAGCAGCCAGGAUUUUGAUACCCUCCUGCAGAGGCAAGAGUGUAGCGUCAAGCUCUGGAAAAUCCUGACAGUCAUCUUUGGCUUUGCCACCUGUGCCACCCUCUUCUUCAUCCUGCGCAGGCAGUACCUGCACCGGCGAGAGCAGCAGCGGAUGAAGCAGAUGCAGGAGGAGUUCCGGCUACACGAGGCCCAGCUCCUGGGGGCAGCCACUGCCGAGGACCGAGAGACUUUAAAAAAUGCCUGCGUUGUGUGUCUGAGCAAUGUCAAGUCGUGUGUCUUUCUUGAGUGCGGUCACGUCUGUUCAUGCAGCGAAUGCUACCAGGCCUUGCCCGAGCCAAAGAAGUGCCCUAUUUGUAGACAGGAGAUUGUCCGGGUAGUUCCCUUGUACAACAGCUAACUGUUCAAGGAUUUGGAGUUUACAGAGGAAACGGUUCUCCUUUUCAAUGGAUUUUACCAAUCCCUUAGAGAGGGAGUCUGGUGGUGGCCACUUGUAACCACUAGGCAUCAUCAGGGCAUGGAGGGAGAGAGAAAAAACAUCCUGAUCUCUUAAAUACAGUUGCAGAGAUUGGACAUUGAGGCCUGUGGGAUUAUGCUUUAAAUCAAAAAGCAGGAGAGCCAAAGAGCCUGGGUGGGUGUGUGUAGCAAGGCCAACUGCGUCCUUUCUGCCAUUUCUCUGUGUGUGUGUGUGUGUGUAUGAAAGAAAGAGAAAGUUCACUAGACCCCUUAACCUCACAAGCGGUUCUCUUCCUCACUCGUGUCAGAGAUUUUCUCCAGCAUCGUUCCAGACGAGUUGCGUGAUCCCCAUUGGUUUAGGACGGCCUGGGUUCAGUGACCCAGUUAUCCCGGCAGGAGAAAAGGGAGAACAUAGUGAGUGGGGGUUGGGUUUUUCAGAGCUGCCUCAGGAGAAGCCUGGGGUCAGAACAGGAGCUGCCAGCUGCUAGUAGGACUGUUUUUUUUUCUGCUCCACCACUUGCAUAUUGUUCAGUUAUUUUAACCAAAAUUGCUAGGAAAUGAUAUGUUGAUGAGGCUUUCCUUCCUCCUCAUCCCUCUCAUCAACCAAAUAAGGGGGAUGUGUCUGUACAGGCAUGUGGAGAAGUAAGGAAGUGAAACUUACUUGUCCUAGGCCUUAUACCCCAGGCAGCUCCGCAUGGUGGGCAGGACCUUGAAGGGGACAUUAGGGGAAAAAGCUAAUCAGUCUUAUUGGUGAUAGUGGAAAGUCAGGCCUGGAUUUUGAAAUUCCUCUCUAGCUUUGUCGUGUCCCCUUUUAGCUGUCUCAUCCUCAGUAUCCUCACUGCCCUCAGAGCAGGAAGCCGACGUGUAAAUGGCAGCUGUGUCCACAGGAGAUGACGACACCAGGAUCCCUGUGCUUGGGGUUUAAGCUGGAAAUCUUAAGGCCUUUCAGAGCCACGGAAUGAUUAGGUGGUGCGCCUGUUUCAGGUGAGGAUGGAAAGUGCUCCAGACUUCUAGGAUAUCACCGAGUUAGCCUCCUCACUCUUGAAGCUUUUCACCAGUCAGGAGGAUGGGAGCACAAGUUCUUACUUGAUCCCCCUCACCCCAAAGUGAGACUGUCCCAUGGGUCUGAUAGCAUUAUUUCUUCUUGUGUUGUUUUCUCCCUUCCAUGUCUGCUUGAGUUUUGUGAGCGCCAGCCUGGGGUGGGGAUCCCCUUUCCCAGCACUUCCUCAGCAAGCCAAAGGCCGUGGUUGUAGCCUCUCGUGUCUCCUUCCCCCCUCCCGCUUCCUGGCCUCCCCCUGAGAACGGGAUGUCACGGCAACACACCAGUACUAUGCAGUGUCCCCUUCGGCUUACGUGCAGAGGACACAGAGUAAACAUUUUAUGUUGAAACUGAA